AUUCAGUUUACCAAACGCAUUCGAACGAAUCAGGUCCUGUGGAAGUGCAAUGGCAAUGGCAUCCAUUACGAUUAUUCCGAUUUUGUUGAUCUUGAUUGAGUCAGCUCUGGCAGCUCCAACAUGGUAUCAUCAAGAAUCAUGGAACUACGCUCCUGAGCUAACUUACAAGGAUUAUCUGAAAAAGGUAGGAGCGUAUCCGAGAAUUUUCCGGUACGGAACUCGAGCGGAUCCGGUAUACAGAGGAGAUUACAAUAAUUGGUUCAAUCCGUAUCCCGAUAAUCAACCCGCGCAAGUGCCCGUUCAGUACAGUGAAAAUAGUUGGGGCCAGAACGAUUGGAACCGACCCGGUUACAUACAGUACAAUGAUGAAUAUGAACGGCAUGCCCAGCAGCAAGCUCAGCAAAUGGAAAAAGAUGUGGCGGAAAUACUGUGGCAAUGGUGAUUUUAUAUGUAAUUAGUGUAUGUGAGACAAUAAUUCACUUGUACAGAUAUUAAACUCAAUCGAUUAUUUAUUUAAAUUUUUAUUUUCUUAUAAUACAACUAAUACAAAUAAAUAAAAAUAUUAUUUGAUC